AUGGCAUCCGGACCAGCGAAUAUCAACAAGCCAACCAACGGAUUUGUUCGGUUAAUGCGCCGUGUAUACAAUCCCCUGGGUUUCUCGAAAGGAUACAAUGCUCUUNNCUUGGUGAGUCUCAACGAGCAUCAUGUUUUGGUUCUUGUCGCUGACCAGCAUGUUCCAGCGUUUCUUGCCCUUGGAUAUCUCCUUGGUUUCACUCUUGCCAGACUCCAGUAUCUGUCUUUCAAUGGUGUGUUCUGCAAUCCGACCUCCCCUGGAGGCACUGAGGCAGCCCCUGGAGAAUGCUAUUACUAUCUCCAAGUGCCUUUCAAGAUCGGUAAGGCUAUCAGAGACAUACAACUGGGUCUCGUCACAAAACUUACAUUUAUGNNAGGUAUGAUGCUACAUCUUUAUACCAUUCUACCGGCCGCACUGCUCGUUGUUCUCCAAUUCAUACCCGUCAUCCGACACAAACUCAUUCUGUUCCAUCGAAUGAAUGGCUAUGCGAUAGUCAUUCUCUCGCUUGUUAGUAAUGCUGGAACGAUCAUCAUCACAAGGCAUGCGUUUGGAGGUGACUUCUCAACCCAAACCUGGACUGGGGCUAUGGUCAUACUCACCACUCUCGGAUACAUCAUGGCUUGGGUCAACAUCAGGCUGCUGCAAAUCGACCAACAUCGUGCUUGGAUGCUUCGAACAUGGGCUUGGNUUCUCAACUAUCGUUACUAUCAGAAUCAUCAUGAUCAUCUCAGCUCAAAUAAUCAGUAUGAGCAGAGAUUGGUAGGNUACACGAUCAGGUCAUGCGCUCAAAUCGCCUUUGCUCUUGGAGAGAACGAUACUCUUGCCGCUUACCCACAAUGCGCCGACAGCUUCAACGGCAACAGACCAAAUCUACCAGUCGUCGUCACUGCCGACUUUGCGAGCGAUAACUCUAUGGAAAUCUCUGCCGCACUCGGCAUUCCUUUUGGUGCAGCGGGUUGGCUUGCAUUGCUGUUACACACCAUUGCCAUUGAGUUCUAUCUUCGACUCACUCCCAGAGAGAGCAAUCGUUUGCGUCAAGUAUCUUACGAACGCCAGCUUGAGAAAGGCAUGUCCAGACCUGGAUAUGCAGGAUUGGUCCCUGAGAGAUUUGGAGACGCCGAACCAUUUCAGCCUGUAUCGAAAAUCGCGCAGCACGAGGAGGUGAUGAAGCACUAG